AUGCCCUCGGAUACCGAGGCUGCCACGACAAGUGUUCCCUUGGAACCGGCGCAAAGGGUUCUGGCGGGAAAGAGGUCGUUGUGGGAGUCUAUCCGAUCCAACCCCAAGGUGAUUUUCAUUGCCUUCUUUGCCUCAUUGGGCGGUUUUGAAUAUGGUUAUCAACAAGGUGUUCUUGGCCAAUCCCUUGUCAUGACACGCUUUAUGAAAAACUUCCCAUCGGUGGUUGAAUCGUCCUCUGCAACGGGCUGGCUCACUUCAGUUUUGCAGCUUGGCGGUAUCGUGGGCUCUCUGUCGGCGGGUGUACUCGGAGAACUUAUUUCCCGAAAAUAUACCAUGUUUAUUGCUUGCUGCUGGGUCGUUCUGGGGAGCUACUUGUACAUUGGUGCUCGUGACGGCCUACCAUCCCUGCUAUAUGCCGGGAGAUUCUUUACAGGUGUCGGCGUAGGACUAUUUAGCGGCGUUGGACCUUUGUACAAUGCCGAGCUGUCGGCUCCGGAAAUGAGAGGGCUGCUGGUGUCGUUUUAUCAAUUUGCCACUAUCCUGGGUAUCAUGUUGUCCUUCUGGGUUGGCUAUGGAAGCAACUACAUUGGAGGUACUGGUGAUUCUCAGUCCAAUCUGGCGUGGAGGCUGCCCUCCAUUGUUCAAGGUAUCCCUGCCGUGGCUCUGGCAAUCGGUAUCUGGUUCAUGCCCUUCUCUCCUCGGUGGCUCGUCAAGGUGGGCCGUGACGACGAAGCCAAAUCCACCCUGGCCUGGAUGCGAAAGCUUCCCGCUGACCACGAGCUUGUGCAAGUCGAAUUUCUUGAAAUAAAAGCAGAGUCCGUAUUUGAGAAGAAGGCUUUUGCUAGAGAUUUCCCUCGCAUGGCCGAGCAAGGGAGCAAGAGCGCUUUCCGCGAGCAAAUCGCCCAAUACAUCAACUGUUUUCGAACCAAGGAUAAUAUCAAACGAAUUGUUACAGUUAUUUAUUAUGCCACCAACAUAUUCCAGAGUCUGGGGCUUACGGGAGGCACCAUCGCACUCCUGGCGACGGGUGUGACUGGCGUUGUCUUUUUAAUAAGCACGGUGCCCGCAAUGCUGAUUAUCGACCGGGUCGGCCGAAAGCCAAUGUUGCUGGUUGGCUCGGUCGUCAUGGGCGUCAGCAUGGUCAUUGUGGGCAUCAUUGUUGCCAAAUUUAGACACGACUGGCCUAACCACGUGGCUGCUGGCUGGACAGCAGUUGCCCUGAUCUGGGUGUAUAUCGCCGGCUUCGGUGCCACUUGGGGCCCGGUGUCAUGGACACUGAUAUCGGAAAUCUUCCCCCUGUCUAUUCGGGCCAAGGGCGCAUCAAUCGGUGCCAUGAGCAACUGGUUGAACAACUUUGCCAUUGCCUUCUUUGUGCCGCCGAUGCUGGAGGCAUGGGCGUGGGGCACCUACAUCUUCUUUGCCGUGUUCCUCACAGCCGGCAUUUUCUGGGUGUGGUUCUGCCUACCGGAAACAAAAAACGCCACUCUGGAAGAGAUGGACCGUGUGUUUGGCAGCCAUACCGGUGAGAGGGAUGCAGAGUUAUUGCGCGAGGCGCAGAGAGAAGUCGGGCUCACGGCGUUGCUGGAGGGCCGCGCCGACAGGACGACCAAGGCUGGCGUUGAGAAGCACAUUGAAGCACUGUAG